UGUCAUAAUUUUAUAUAUCAAGUUUAUAUGUAGAGAUGAAAACCUGAACAACCCUUUCACAGGUUCUCCGCUUAUUUCCUUCGCCGGAGGAAUCAUCUGAAAAUCUGUAGCGUGUUCAAAUAUUUGCAUUUGGUUCUGUAGCUGUUGAAUCCCAAUUGUGGUCAUAAUGGUUGUUCUAGCAGCAUCCGUUACCAGUAAAUCUGGAAAAGCUCUUGUUUCAAGGCAGUUUGUUGACAUGUCUAGAAUAAGAAUCGAAGGACUUCUUGCAGCUUUCCCUAAAUUGAUUGGAAGUGGGAAACAACAUACUUAUGUUGAGACUGAAAAUGUGCGCUAUGUGUAUCAGCCAAUGGAGGGUAUAUAUCUGCUUCUUGUUACAAACAAGCAAAGCAAUAUUCUUGAGGAUCUUGAUACACUGAGGCUUCUCUCUAAAGUUGUUCCUGAGUUUUCUGCCUCUUUAGAUGAAGAAGGCAUUUGCAAGCAUGCAUUUGAACUGAUUUUUGCUUUUGAUGAAGUCAUUUCCCUUGGGCACAAGGAAAAUGUCACUGUUGCUCAAGUCAGGCAAUAUUGUGAGAUGGAGAGUCAUGAAGAAAGAUUGCACAAAUUGGUAUUGCAAAGCAAGAUCAAUGAAACCAAAGAUGUUAUGAAGCGUAAAGCUAAUGAGAUCGAUAAAAGCAAGAUUGAGAGGGGCAAACUGGAAAAGGGUGGCUAUUCAUCUCUUCAAUCCAUGAGUUCAAUGGGGUCAAUGGGUUCAAUUGGAAGAAUGGAUAAUUCUUUUAGCAAUGAUAUGGGCAUUUCAAGUGGUAAUACAUUUGGAGGAUCUUCUGGAUUUGGAUUAACCUCUGAUGUGGACUCUUUCUCAAGCAAAUCUAAAGGUCGUCCAGCUGCUUCAGUUGCUGCUCCAGCUAAAGGCAUGGGAAUGAAACUAGGGAAAUCACAAAGAACAAACCAGUUCUUGGAAUCACUGAAAGCUGAAGGGGAAAUGAUUGUUGAAGAUGUGGGGCCCAGUACUAAUCCAACCAGACCUGCUGCACAACCACUUACUGAUCCAAUCACUUUUACAGCUGAAGAGAAACUCAAUGUGACAUUAAAGAGAGAUGGUGGUCUUAGUAAUUUUGAUGUUCAGGGAACUUUGUCUCUCCAAAUACUUAAUCAGGAUGAUGGAUUUAUCCAUGUUCAGAUUGAAAGUGCAAACAACCCAGAGAUCAAAUUCAAGACACAUCCCAACAUCAACAAAGAACUCUUCUCCAAUGAAAACAUUCUUGGAUCCAAAGAUCCCAACCGUCCAUUUCCAGCUGGUCAAUCUGGUGAUGGCCUUGGUCUUCUCAAAUGGAGAAUGCAAAGUAAAGACGAGUCUGCUGUCCCAUUGACUAUUAACUGCUGGCCAUCUGUUUCUGGAAAUGAAACGUAUGUUAGCAUUGAAUAUGAAGCUUCUUCAAUGUUUGAUUUACAAAAUGUUGUUAUUUCUGUCCCUCUUCCUGCUCUUAGAGAAGCCCCAAAUGUAAGACAAGUUGAUGGAGAAUGGAGGUUUGAUUCCAGAAAUGCCAUGUUGGAAUGGACUAUACUUCUCAUUGAUAACUCCAACCGCAGUGGGUCAAUGGAGUUUGUUGUUCCACCAGCUGAUACCUCGGUUUUCUUCCCAAUUUCUGUGCGCUUCUCUGCAACAAGUACUUUCAGCAGCAUGAAGGUGGCUAGUGUUGUGCCGCUAAAAGGAGGAGCUCCACCGAAGUAUUCACAGAGGACUCAAUUGGUAACUGAGAGCUACCAAGUUGUUUGAUUGAAGUUAUUAUUAACAUUUAAAUCGAUUUGUCAAUUAAAAUUCAUUUUCAUAUAUAAUUUUUCAUUCGGCUUUGGGAUUUUAGUCUACAUAGACGUUAAAAAAAAAUAUUAUUGUCUUUUAUAUUUUCAGACAUUAUUCAAAUUUUGAAUUAUAAUCGCUUGAUGAAGGACAG